ACGUUGUUACUCAGUACGUAGUUUUGUGGUUCCUCUGCAAAAACCCCCAAGUUGAAAAUGAAUUAUGAAGUCAUUUCUGAUGAAAUGUGUACUUCCUGCCCCUAAAAUGACCUAAUGGAACUCGGAUGUGUUUCUGCUGACCUCUCAUUUGAACAUCUGGACACAACUGAACUGGUUUAAGCACCGUGUCACCUCUGGCUUUUUCUCAGUGUCUUCAUGCGAGAUGACAGAUUCAUAGCCACCUCUGAUCAAUAAGUGACAGGGAGAAGUGCACUUGUGCGGCGAGAUGGAGAGUAGAAGUCAGCCUCCAUAUUCCAGAAGAGUCGAGAUUCAGAACAUCUACCAGACCUACGCGUCGGGGCAGCCGACCCUUCCCGCCUCCAGCUUCCUCCGUUUCCUCCAGAGCGACCAGCUGGAGCUCUCCGCAGAACUAGACACGGCUAUAGGUUUGAUUGACAAGUAUGAGAUCGACGAGGCGGUCAGAGAGAGCCGGGGCAUGACGUUUGAAGGCUUCUUCAGGUACAUGGAGUCCAAAGACUGCAGCGUCUUCAACCAAGCUCACACCUCAGUGUACCAAGACAUGAACCAGCCACUCUCCAGCUACUUCAUCUCCUCAUCGCACAACACCUACCUCACCGGGGGGCAGCUCAUCGGGAAGAGCCACCUGGACGCUUAUUACACUGCUCUGCGGAAAGGUUGUCGCUGCCUUGAGAUCGACUGCUGGGACGGUGAGAACAUGGAGCCUGUGGUCUUCCACGGACACACGCUGACCACCAAGAUCUUGUUCAAGGACGUCAUCAGCACGGUGGAGGAGCAUGCGUUUGAGGUGUCGCCGUACCCAGUGAUCCUGUCCCUGGAAAACCACUGCUCAAAGCCACAGCAGGAGGUCAUGGCCGAGCAUCUCAUCUCAAUAUUGGGCAACAAGCUGCUGAGAUGUCAGAUAAAUGAAACACCUCCUGGAGUUCUUCCAAGUCCAAACGACCUGAAAUAUAAGAUCCUUAUCAAGAAUAAAAAGUUAGCGCCAGCAGAUGAAGUCAGAAGUAGAGAUGAGUUUGACGAUGAGGAAGAUGAGGAGGAGGAGGAAGAGGAGGAGGACGAUGAGGACGACGAUGAAGAAGAAGAAAGUCAAUCUAGAAUUUCAUGGUUCUGGUCUCCCAAAAAGAGGAGCUCAAAGAAGAAAAAGAAGGUGGUAGUGGCUCAGUCUCUGUCAGACCUGGUUAUAUACACCCGCUCCGUCAAGUUUGUCAACUUCGCUCACUCUGAGAGUCGACAGAACUUCAACGAGAACACGUCGAUGGCUGAGAUGAGGGCCCGAAAACUGGCCAAAGCCUCGGGUGGAAACUUUGUUCUACACAACCAGAAGUUCCUAAGCCGGAUUUAUCCAGCGGGGGUGAGAACAACCUCGUCCAACUACAACCCUCAGGAAUUUUGGAAUGUCGGAUCACAGCUUGUUGCCUUGAACUUCCAGUCUUUUGGAAAGCCGAUGGACUUAAAUGACGGCCGUUUCCUGGACAACGGAGGCUGUGGAUACGUCCUGAAGCCAGCUGUGCUCACGUGCAGUGAGAAGGGAUUCAACCCUCACUGUCGCCAACGUGACGUCAAACCAACACAGCUGCUGAUCAAGGUGAUCAGUGGAUCCAACCUACCUAUCAUACGUUCUAGUAGAGUUCUGGACUCCUUUGUCAGAGUGGAGAUCCAUGGGAUUGGAUCGGAUUACUGCCAGAAAAGCACGUCAACAGUGAAAAACAAUUCUCUGAAUCCUUACUGGGGAACGUACAUGUCCUUCAGAUUAAAAAUCCCAGAACUGUGCCUCAUCCGCUUCAAUGUCCGGGACCAGACUGGAUUCUUCAGCAGCGAGUUUGUUGGCCAGUACACACUGCCCUUCAACUGCCUCAAGAAAGGUUAUCGCUGGGUUCCACUCCGGUCUCGAGAUGGGUAUAAUCUGGAUCCAGCCUCCCUCUUUGUCUAUAUUACUCAUUCUUAACAGCUGUACAAUGAGACGUGAAUGAAUGUACAUAUGGG